AUGGAGCAGUCAGUAUCUCUUUUCUCACGUGAUAGCAAGAUGAAGUUCAACUCGACCGUGUCUUCGUCGCGCCGCAAGAGCCGCAAGGCGCACUUUGGCGCCCACUCGACCCAGCGGCGCGUGCUCAUGAGCGCGCCUCUGUCCAAGGAGCUGCAGAGCAAGUACAAUGUUCGUAGCAUGCCGAUCCGCAAGGAGGACGAAGUCAUGAUCGUCCGUGGCUCGCAGAAGUCCCGUGAGGGACGUGUGACUGCUGUGUAUCGCAAGAAGUUCGUCAUUCACGUCGAGCGCGUGGUGCGCGAGAAGGCCAACGGCGCCUCGGUGCCCAUUGGCGUGGAUGCUUCCAAGGUCGUUAUUACCAAGUUAAAGCUUGACAAGGACCGUAAGAAGAUUUUGGAGCGCAAGAACCGUGCUGUGAGCGAGACUGAGAAGGGCAAGUUUACGGAGCAAGACGUUGCUAUGGCCACGGUCGACUAA